AUGAUUCAAGUUGAUUGUGCAAUUAAACGGACACGGUAUUUACAAGUUUUGGGUUCUGGUAAUGGCUUAGUUUGCUUGAAAUCUUGGGGUGAAAAUUUGAUUUACGUUUGGAAUCCAUCUACUAAAGAAUUGAAGGAAAUACCCAAGCAUCCGUGUCAAGAUGGAUCAUAUCCUACUCAAUACCGUUUUGGGUUUGGUUACAAUUCCAAGACAUUUCCAAACAUUCCUUUUUUAUUCUCAAGUUUUACACCAAAUUCUAUACAACAACAUGUGUUUCUUGAUGGAACUUUAUAUUGGAUUAUUGUACAUCGUGGUACCUUGGAGUCAAUAAGUUCCUUUAAUAUUGCUAAUGAGAGUUUACAAGAAGUUCCACCACCCAGCAGAGAUCUUGCUAAUCUAGAAUUGUGCGUAAUUAGAGGUUGCCUUUACCUCUCUGGAGUUCUUGGCAAAGGCAACUCUAUGUCAGAGUAUGGUGCAAGAAAGCCUUGGACUAAAGUGUGCAACAUAAACACAACCUUCGAUUGGCAGGAGCAUCUUCUACACAUUGGUGAGAUUCUUUUACAGAAGUGGCGGGGAUGA